AUGUCACUGGAUUCUGCUGACUACGACCCAAUCGGCCACCUGAACGCGAUCUUCAGUCACCCCGCAACCUUCCCCUCCGUUUCGAGCACCUCCGAGGCGCUCCGCAGCUACCAAGAUGACUUGGACGAGGACAUCGCCGUCUUCGUCGCCUCACAGUCUGCCUCUGAUGCCGACAGCGUACAACGAAUACAGUCCGCCAAGAUCGAGCUGGCGGACCUGUUCAAGAAGAUCGAGAGCGUGCGGGAACGGGCCAUGCAAACAGAGCAGACCAUCACCGACAUGACAUCGGACAUAAAGCGCCUGGAUAGCACGAAGCGCAAUCUCACAUUGUCAAUGACGGCCCUGAAGCGACUGCAAAUGCUGACGACGGCAUAUGAACAACUGCGGAGUCUCAGCAAGUCGCGGCAGUAUCGCGAAUGCGCUCAGCUGCUGCAGGCUGUCAUACAGCUGGUGGCGCAUUUCAAGAGCUACAGGUCAAUCGAUCAGAUCGCUACCUUGAGUCGAAAUGUGGCAGAUGUGCAAGGCGAGCUGCUCGAGCAGGUGUGUGAGGACUUCGAGGUCACCUUUGCGAAGGGCGACGUUGCGCAGAAGAAGGCGAUGCUAGCUGAGGCAUGUCUGGUCAUUGAUGCGCUUGGCGACCACGCUCGUACACGGCUCAUCAACUGGUAUUGUAACACACAAUUGCGCGAAUACCGACAGGUUUUCCGUGGGAACGAUGAGGCUGGUUCCUUGGACAACAUCUCGCGACGUUAUUCAUGGUUUCAUCGCAUGAUGAAGACAUACGACGUUGAGCAUGCCGCGAUAUUCCCUGCAUCCUGGCGCGUGAACGAAAUGCUUGCCAAUUCCUACUGCGAAGGCACAAGAGACGAUUUCAAGGGCAUUCUCCAGCGUUCGGUGCGACGAGGUGAUGGCCAGACGCUAGAUGUUGGUCUGCUGCUAUCGUGUCUUCAGGAAACUCUUGAUUUCGAGCACAGUCUGGAACGGCGAUUCUCAAACGAGUCUCGAUCAUCGAUGGACACAAUUGUUUCCAAGGACGAACGACCUCAUGGUUUCAGUCAAGCUAUAUCUGAGGCCUUCGAGCCUUACAUGAGCUUAUGGGUCGAAUCUCAAGACAAACAGCUGGCCACUUUAAUACCAAAGUACCGUCAGCAACCACUGCGAAACACCGAAGAAGAGUUCUCGUCACAAGCCGUCAUACCAUCGUCUACAGAACUUUUCCACUUCUACCGUCUUACUCUUGGGCAAUGCGCGAAGCUUUCUACAGGAAGCCGGCUCGCAGAAUUGUCGACGACUUUUGCAAAGUAUCUGGAUCAAUACGGACAGCAAGUGCUUUAUUAUUUCCUUAGCGAAAGACCAGGCGCACAAGGCCCGUCUAUAGAGGACGCCAUUCUCAUCAUCAACACUGCCGACUACUGCUAUGCUACCUGCAAUCAACUCGAAGAGAAGAUAAGAGGGCGUAUCGAUGAAGAGUUCAAAGAGAAGGUCGACCUGCAGAGCCAAGCAGAUGCUUUCAUGGGCAUUGCCAGUGCAACUGUCCGUUUUCUUGUCAGAAAGGUCGAGCUCGCAUGCGAGCCUACCUGGAGAGAGAUGCGCAACACACCGUGGAGCAAACUUGAAAGUGUCGGCGAUCAGAGCUCUUACGUUGCAGAGCUCUUACGUCAUGUUAAGGAGACUUCAGCCGAUAUAUUGAAGCUUCUCCACAAGCAACAAUAUUCGCGAGCCUUCUGCGAUAACCUUGUUGACCAGAUGGCCACUACAUACAUCGCAAACAUCGUGCAAAGCAAACCUAUCUCCGAAGCCGGUGCCGAGCAGAUGCUGCUAGACUCUUAUGUUCUGAAGAAGGGUUUCACGGAGUUUCCCAUCAUCAAUCAGGAAGCCGGGACAGCUAUCCCAGCCAGCUUCGUAAAACGCGUAAAUCAGGCCAUGUCACGCAUCGAUCCCCUCCUUAAGACUCUGCAAGUCCGUCCUGCUCCGCCCGAAGCCCUUGUUCAGGCGUACCUUAUCCACAUCGCCGACAAGUCCGAUACAAACUUCCGCAAGAUCAUGGAUCUGAAGGGCAUUCGCAAAGCCGAGCAGACGCAGCUUCUGGACCUCUUCUCAGCCUUCAAAGCCUCGCCCUCUCAUUCCGGACUUGUCGAUUACUCGCCCUUCCUCACACCAAUUCAACUCCAAGCCCCAACUUCAGCGGCCAGCAUUGGUAGCAACGUAGGCAGUGUAAUGGGCAACAUGGGAACACCCAGUCUGGCAUCUGGGCGCUUCGAUCCAGCAGGUCUAGGCAACAUGUUGGUCAAUGCUGCGAGGGAUGGAGUGGAUCGGUUUGGCAGUCCAGCACCAGGACAGCAAACUGUGGAGGGAGAUGGGAAGGCGAAUUUGAACGAUAAUCUAAAAAACAUCGGGAAAUUCUUUAGAAGAGAUGCAGGUGGAUUUAGAGGUUUCGGAAAGAGUGAUGGGUAA